UUUCAAUAUGGCGGUGUAAACAAAUCGGAGCAGAAAUUUGAUUUCAAAUAUUUUUCGGCGACAGGAUGUUGCAUGACGUAGAUCUGGAUGCCACAGAUUGACCGUAAAUUAACCAUCAUGUCGAUGUCAAGAGACGCUAGAAUAUCUCUUGUCGCCAAAAACAGACUUAAAAGCAGUUGGACACCGCUGAGUAACGAGGAUCACAAUCACCAGAUAUUUGAAGAAAGGCGACAACUAGUAUCAAAAUGGUUUGACAAAUGGACAGAUGAACAAAGAAAGAAAAUACUUGAAGAUCUCACAGGAAAAUGUAGGAAGAAGCAGCUGGAAUUCACUGCAGACAUAGUGAACAAAAAAGUCCCCAUUUAUCACCAGGACUUCACGCGGGUGCUGCCUAGAGUCCUCUCUCUCUAUCUCUUCUCUUUUCUCGACCCACGUAGCCUGUGUCGGAGCUCAAGGGUGUGCUGGUACUGGAAAUUCCUUGCAGAGUCAGAUGAGAUCUGGAUGGGCAAGUGUAUGCGGCUGGGCUGGUACCUGCCCUUCACACCCAGUCCGUAUGAGAGAGGCCUGUGGAAGAAACAUUAUGUAGAAACAAUUAGAGGAAUACAGUAUAUCAGACCAAAGGAGUAUCCCAAACCAGAGUCCACUUUGCCUCCUCCGUCAGAAGACAUGGAGAGCAUGACAAUACAUUCCCCAAAAGAUGACCAUGACAGGCGGAGUCGUAGGCCUCCAAGGCCAAGGUCAGGGAAAGACACGCCCACCUCUUCCUCCAGGAAACCUGCUGCAGCCGUUCCAGGAAAACCACCCCCCUGGAAGGGAUCUGAUCCCACACCUAAGGACACUUGGAGAUAUAAUUACUUGGAUAAUGAAGAUGAAGUGGAAAAAGUUUCCAGGCUGAGAAAAAAAGGUUUUUACAGUGCUGAGACAGAGCAGAUCUCAAAGGAAGCCAAAAGUAAAGUGAAGACAGGAAAGAAUGUGCUCAAUACUAAGAUAGUCACAAACCCAAGGAGGUCAAGAUCUCUUACUAGAGAGGAUAUAGAACAACACAAUCAGGAACCAACCACGCCCUUCUUGUGGAACUCAUACCACAGAGUGUAUAAUUAUCUUGGUGACCAACAUGUAGGUACAGAUUUCCCAACAGAUGGCAGCACAGUGGGCAGUGAUCCAGGAAGUGGGCACGCAAGGGGUGAUGGGCGCCCUGAUUGGGCCAAGGUGCCAACUGGAGCACCUUUUAUGAAUAGCGCGGCGCACUUGGAUGCCUCCCGGAGACCCCCACCAGUCCUGCCAGUCCCCAGAGUGAAGGCAGUCAGGACUGAGAGAGAUACUCCAUCCUCCCCAUUAUUUGAACAGCGACCCUGGCAGGUCCCCCGGGGGACGGGCUCAGAUGAUGAAGCACCUUCAGAUGAAGAGGAUGUCCUCAGAUUUGCGAGGAACAUUGAAAAAUAUGAACAGUACUGAAGUUUUUUUUUUUUUGUGAUUUUUUUCCCACAAGAACAUACGCAUGUUUACCACCGACAUAUAAAUAUCAGCUUGACUUUGUGAAGAGCAUUUCAGCAACAUAUAUGAGAUAAUAUUCUGUUAUUUCAUUGGGACAGUUUCAUAUAUGUCAUGCUUUAUGAAUCUGAAUGUUUUGCCCAUGCUUUUUGACAAUCUCGUCAUCGCCAUGUUCAGUGUUAUAUUUCACCCAGGUUUGGCAUUUCUGCAAUUAUUGGUACUUAUUUGUUCUAACAGUGUUUAUUUCCACAGGAAUCAUCUUUCAGAAAUAUCCAGUAUGUUAGCUUUAAAAUCUCAGCUUAUUUUUAUUUUUUUUUAAAUUUUAUUUUUAAGUUAGUAUAUUAUACCUCCAAAAAAGUUUGCCUUACAAGUCAUUAAGUAAGUGAUACUUCUUUAACGUUUAUUUGGGACUUCAUACUUAAAUACAGACUUAUACAGUACUUUAAUUUCUUUUUAACACUGGCAAUUCUAAGUGAUUAUUGUUAGCAUCUCUCACAUUUGCUUUUAUUCCACAAUGUUUUAUCUCUAUUUUUGUUUUCAUGCACAAGUAGUGUAUAAUUUUCACUACAUGGUUGUUUCUCAGUUCCUCUUAGUAAAGAAAUGCUUUAUGUGAUUUUUGUUAUAUAAUUAAAUAAUUUGCAAUAAUUUUAACUUUUUCAUUAGUUUAAGCUUUGAUGUAUUUCUCCAAAGGAGCAAUUUUUUCUUCAGUGAUAUAUUUGCCUAUUGAAUGUUUAUUUUGUGAUUUAUUUUAUAUGCAUUUCAAUAUAGUUUUGGCAAGUGGUUUUAUCAUUUCUUUUCCACUUUUCUCUCUUGUAAAAACCUAACAUUUUGCAGCUUCUUUUUAUCUCAAUGGAUCACGUGCAAACUUUUUCUUUAUCACAUAAUUUAGAUCAUAUUUGACACUUCAUGGGUAUAUUAGGUAAAAUUGAAAGCUUAAAUUAUAUAAAAUAAAUAAUUUUAUUUUUGAUUUAGUUUUAUCUGAUGUCAA